CUCCUUCUCCAAGAUGGCGGCGGUCGGCGGCGCUGAGGCGGGAUCCGAGCGAGCAGAGUGAAGACCUGGUCCUGUACACGGGAAGGAGCCUGGACACAAGUGACAACACAUUCUCAAAGGCCCUGCAGGACCACCAUGGCUUAUGAUGACUCCAUGAAGAAAGAAGAUUGCUUUGAUGGUGAUCACAGCUUUGAGGACAUAGGACUUGCAGCUGGCCGAAGCCAACGAGAAAAGAAGCGGUCAUACAAAGACUUCUUAAGGGAAGAGGAAGAAGUUGCUGCGCAGGUCAGAAGUUCUUCCAAGAAGAAGUCAAAGGACAGUGACUUGUUCUUCUUGGGGACGGACACACACAAGAAGAAAAGGAAGCACUCCCCUGAUGAUUACUACUAUGGAGACAUUUCGUCUUUGGAAUCAUCACAGAAGAAAAAGAAGAAAUCUAGUCCACAGUCAGCCGACACAGCAAUGGACCUAUUGAAAGCUAUCACCUCCCCACUGUCAGCAGGUGCCAAGUCCUCCAAGAAGGCAGGGGAGAAAUCCUCCAGUUCUUCAAGCCAUUCAGAGAGCAGAAAGGAACACCACAAGAAGAAGGGCAAUGGAAGCAGUGGAGAGCUCUCCCUAGAGGACAGCAAUGCUCACAAAUCCAAAAAAAUGAAGCCACUCUAUGUGAACACAGAGACACUGACUCUUCGUGAGCCUGAUGGCUUAAAGAUGAAACUUAUUCUGUCACCCAAGGAGAAAGGAAGCAGCUCAGUGGAGGAGGAGGCUUUUCAGUACCCUGCCCAACAGGCUUCUCUGAAAAAGUCCUCCAAGAAAUUAGCUCGGGAUGAGCAAGGUGCUUUACUCCUAGGACACGAACUCCAGAGCCUCCUGAAAACAGCCCGGAAGAAGCACAAGUCAUCCUCAGACUCACAUUCAUCUCCUGGCCCUGAGGGCUGUGGGUCUGAUACCUCCCAGCUUCCAGAAUCCCACAGUACUAACCUUGAAAUCACAGGGCUUGACCCCAUUCUAGUAGAGUCUGAGUCGUCCUCUGGUGGGGAGCUGGAGGCCGGUGAACUGGUGAUAGAUGAUUCUUAUAGGGAAAUCAAGAAGAAGAAGAAGUCAAAGAAGAGCAAGAAGAAGAAGGACAAGGACAGACACAAGGAGAAGCGGCACUCUCGAACCAAGAGGACCUCAGGGCUGGCAGCAAGCUCUUCCCGAGAGCAUGGCGCUUCUCAGGAGCAUGCAGUGAUACCUGGCCCAGCCUCCAGUAUCCCCACUCUGCCACUUCCUGCUCUCCACACGGAUGGACAUGGGGAGAAGAAAAAGAAAAGAGAAGAGAAGGACAGAGAGAGAGAGAGGGGAGAAAAGCCGAAAAAAAAGAACAUGUCUGCCUACCAGGUGUUCUGUAAAGAGUAUCGGGUAACCAUUGUGGCUGACCAUCCAGGUAUAGAUUUUGGAGAACUUAGUAAAAAAUUGGCUGAAGUAUGGAAGCAGUUGCCAGAAAAAGACAAACUGAUCUGGAAGCAGAAGGCUCAGUAUCUGCAGCACAAACAGAACAAAGCUGAAGCCACAACUGUGAAAAGAAAAGCCUCCAGUGCAGAAGGUUCGGUCAGAGUCAGAGCUUCUUCUGUGGGAAUACUGUCACCCCAAAAGAAGUCCCCACCCACCACAAUGCUUUUGCCAGCCUCACCAGCCAAAGCCCCUGAGACAGAGCCCAUUGAUGUUGCUGCUCAUCUCCAGUUGUUGGGAGAGUCUCUCAGCCUCAUUGGACACCGCCUGCAGGAGACAGAGGGCAUGGUAGCAGUGUCUGGCAGCUUGUCAGUGCUCCUGGACUCCAUUAUCUGUGCUCUUGGCCCUUUGGCAUGCCUGACCACACAACUACCUGAACUGAAUGGCUGUCCCAAACAGGUCCUGUCAAACACGCUAGACAACAUUGCGUACAUCAUGCCUGGACUGUGACCUUCAAGAAAGAAGCCUGGGACAGAAGCCUGUCUACCCCUUCGCUAGAGUGUGUGUGUAUAUAUAUAUGACUGUUCCAGAUCCACCACUGACCUCUGGGUAUAGGUUUUAAAUUUUUAUAUCUAUAUAUACAUAUAUAAUGUACAGUAUAUACAUAGGAUUAUAACUACUUUGCUUUUAAUAAUUUUAUGAAAUGGCAAAGGUUUAGCUAAAAGGAAACUUUGGCAUGAAUGUGGGCUUGGGAUUAUUUUUUUGUGUGAAAAAAUCUGCCUUAAAAAUCAGUGUAAUUUGGGGACUAGGGGCUUACUCUGGGUGCCAUGUUUAUCUCCAUAUAGAUAGCUAAAAAUGUGAUUUCCCCUCCCCCCAAGGCUGGUUGUACCUCCAGACCCAUCACUGACCAUUUGCCUUACCUGUCUUACAAUCGGAAAUGUAGUAAAGACUGUGGGAGGAGGCCAGCUGACUACAAUGUUUUCAACCUGGGGGGAGGUGGAGGUAGCUUAGGUGAACUGAGGGGGAGACUCAUUCCAAUUCCUACUAAACACGUUUCCAGUUUUAUUGGUACCUUAGAGUCAUGGGUGCCAUCUAUUGCCUCAGUUAUGUGAUUCUUGGCAGCAGAGAAAUACCUUGUAGAUACCAAAGCUGUUGGUGCCACUUGCAUUAGCUGGCCAAGAAGGCUUGGUCUACAAAAACCAAAGCUGGUAUCUCUCAUUGGCAGUGUUGGUUGGCCCCCAAAUCCUGAGAGAUUCGGCCGCUUAACUGCUAGGUGGUUCUCAGUUCAGCUGUGGUUCCCCUGGUGGACAGACUGUGCUCUGCAUUCCACACAGUUGGACCAUAAAGAUGUGCUCUGUUCCUAGUAGGCUUAUCUGUAUGUGUGUGUGUGUAUAUUUUAAUUAUGUGUAUUUAACUCUUUAGAAUUUCUUAGAUUUUAAUUUAUCCUGUAAAUUCCUGUAUAUAUAAUUUAAUAACAAGCCUCCACCAGCAUUAGCAUGUGGAGCAUACAGAUCUGUCAUUUCUUCAUGUCUGUCUAAAAGCUCCAAGUCAUCCAUAUGUUAAGGUGUUGUGACUCAGAAAGGAGCUUCAUGGCCCUCAAUAAUGUUACAAAAGUGAAAUACAAAGGAAUGUCACCAUUCCCAACUACCCUUGUUCCCAAAGAACCAGACCCCAUUAGAGAGAAGAUAGUUGAGCACUCCAGGGUUGUUUGGAAAACUUGGUGUGAGAUUCCCUUCCCUGCCAAAACCAAGCUGAGGUAACCAUGCUUUCUUCCUCUGGCAUAGAUGGAACAGGGCAGCAUCAUAGCAAACCUUUGGG